GGGGGCGUCGCCAGGGCCUCGCCGUCCGCCGCGGCCGUGGCCGCCGCGCCCAUGGCCCAGCGGGCGCCCGGGGAGCAGGGGCAGGACGAGGAGGAGGGAGCGGAGGAGGGGGAGGCGGCGAAGGGUAGCCAGGCGCGGGCCAGGAGCCAUGCGGAGCCCGCGGCCAGCGGCGGCAGGACCCAGGACCGGCAUGAGAGGAAGCGGAAGAGGCAGGAGGCGCAGCAGCUCCAGAAGAUCCAGCACCUGGAGUCUUUCUAUGAGAAACCUCCCCCUGGGCUAAUUAAGGAGAAUGAAACAAAACCAGAAGACUGCAUACCUGAUGUACCAGGCAAUGAAAGCGCACGAGAGUUCCUGGCACAUGCCCCAACAAAAGGGCUUUGGAUGCCUUUGGGAAAAGAAGUCAAAGUUAUGCAGUGUUGGAGAUGUAAACGUUAUGGACACAGAACAGGAGAUAAGGAAUGCCCAUUCUUCAUAAAAGGCAAUCAGAAAUUGGAACAAUUUAGAGUGGCACAUGAAGAUCCAAUGUAUGAUAUAAUAAGGGAAAAUAAGCGUCAUGAAAAAGAAAAGAGGAUACAGCAAUUGAAGCAGCUCCUGGAGGACUCUACCUCAGAAUCUGAUAGCAGUGAUGACAGUGAUGAGGAUGAUGAAGAUGGCAGCAGCUCCACUUCCUCAGAACAUAAACACAAGAAGAAAAAGAGAAAAAAAGAUAAGAAAAAGAAAGAAAAGAAGAAGAAGAAAAAGAGGAAGCAUAAAUCAUCCAAAUCUAAUGACAAGUCAGAAUCUGACUGACAGCAGACACCUGCUGCAUGCUCAUUGACCUCUCUACUUGUGAACUGUGAGGAAAGAUCCAAAGAAUGAUGAGGAAAACACCAGAAAGGGUUUUAUUAAACUUGGAACAUACAUGCGUAUGCAUACAGCAUCCUACGCUGGCAUCCUCUUCUGCCCCUCUGCAGUCAGAAAGAAGAAAGCUGCAUUAAACCAUAUCUUUGUGCUGUAAAACCCAUGCUGAGAGUCAUCCAGCUUGGUCACAUGGGGCCUCUGCAUUGCUGCCCGUGACCACCAGCAGAAAGCAGCGACCGCCAAGAGAUUACUGACGAACCUGCAGCAUUAGCAGACUGUCUGUUGAAGUGUCUUUACUCCAUGAAGUUACUUUAUUAUAUAAAAAGCCUCAUUAUAACAGGACUGCAGUUUGCACCAUGCAGAGCACUGAGAGUUCUUUUACAGUGCUUAUAAUGAGCAGGUUGUACUGUAUUUUCUUCUCCGCAUAUGUGCUGAAGUUCUGUGUACUUAUCCUAAUAUUGGCAGCUAGGGAAAUAAAGAGUACUGCUGCAGGGGAAAAAAGGUAAUCAAGGGGAUUUACUUUAAGAUAAAAUUGCAGCAUCAGCAAGACUUGA